GCGUUCCCAACAGCAAUCAACCAUUCAGAGUCCUCUGCCGGGUUUACGGAUGCUGUAAUAUCUGCAGUAUCCGUGCCAUUCGACAACAGUUUCGACUGCCGCUCUCCCAAUCAACCUUCUGUUGUUCAACAUGAAGUGCAUCACACCAUUGGCCCAAAUUUUGCACCUUGAUAGCCAACAAGCCAAUGACCAUCAAGCUCCUAUCAACCGUAAUGGUUCAAUGUCGCCAUCAUACCUUGAGGAGGCGACCCGUUACUGAAACCAGCAACCUUUAUCAAACAAUCGUGGGUUACGAUGGAACAACCACAAUUACAAUCCGCGCAGCUCUCCACCAGAACUUUGCAAGGGUUGUUCUCGACCAUGACCCCUGGCCAACAACAGGAGAUCUACCGCACUGGACCCUUGAUUUUCACUGUAUGUUCAACAAAGGAUAAUGAAAUUUCUUCAUAUCUUCGCCACAAGCCACCAUGGGCUUGGUCUCGAUGAGGUUUCACGAGGCUCUUUACAUUUCUAAAAUGCCCGAAUGUUGUCGUGCAGCAGUGUAUAUCAGAGCACAAACUAGACCAAGUCCAUUGCCUCGAGGAAUGACGCCAAGGAUGAUAUGCGCACCUCAAUGGAUACACAACUGGGCAUCACGAAACAGAGACCAACCGCCGUGCACUUUGUUCGCUGUAUUACAUUACAUACUAUCUUACCCUGCUGUAUUGCGUCUUUCUCUCUCUCGAUUUAGAGGAAGUCCACAGCCCUGCCGUCUCCUGAAGUAGCGCUUGUGUCAGUUGAAGCGUUGAUGACCUGAAGGAGCCUUUCAGCGCUACGAGUCAAACCAGGCUGUGCGCUCAACGUCUUACCCCAGGUUCACCGGGAAUUGCAUUGCAGGGAGGGAGCGAGGUUGACAAUGGCCGGCCGCCUAUCGUGAUCAUCAACUAACACCAUCAUUCAGAGCCAUGCCUAGGGGAGGAAAGAAAACUUGGGACCUCGAUCUUAGGUGACAAAAAGAAUUGGUUAACUUAGCCCGAGCUUAGUGUACCCUUUGCUGAGUUUAUUUUGAUAUUCUAUAUCAAGGUCUGAUAUUUUCUUGCUCCUCGGGGAGCAUGCGUCGCUGAUCUCUUGAACUUCUCAGCAAAGCCAUUCCUCUUUCGAUCAUGCCUGCGUCUGGGGGCGGAUACGGCAAGGGGCUCGGAGCGAAUCAUUGUCUACCAUUGGUCUGCACUCCACCCAACUGCAUCCCCGUCCUGUUUCUGCCGCCUGACCACUUAUUCCAACCUCUUCGAAAACAACAAGGUCGCAUUGUCGUGUAUCACGCCCAUUUUGCUGCUCCUAGUUUGUACUGGUAGCGUCUGGCACUAGCGGGUCAAUACUGCCUCUGGGGUGCAUGUUGUCAAUGAUGGUUCCCUUCGAGGUAGGCUUGACAAGACGCCAGUACUAUUCCCCGGAUUCUUGUGGAAUACAAUGCCGGGGCCUGGUUGAAGAUAGCAAACAUGCAUAAUCUUUCAGUGGUACACUGCGUAUCCUGCAUUCUCUGAAACACGCCUGGUUGGGUCUUACUGUCAAGUCUUAUCUAACAACGUUUCGAGGCAGUUUUGACAUAUCUAUCCACCAAUCCGUUGUAUUGAAAACGCAAUCGAACGCAACAUGCUUAGAAUAUUGCCUCUUAAUCACCUGUCAAGAGAUAAUGGCUAUAUUGUUCGCCAAUCAACAAUUUUACUCGGCAUGUCGCGGCAAUUAUGCUACUUAGGUUUCAUUCGGGCUUUCACGACCACCUCAAUCAAGGUUUCUGCCAAUGGCUAUUAUCUCUAUGUACGAUGCUACAGCGACUUUGCUACCCGAAAGACCACGGUGCAUUUUGAGGAGCUGUGAAGAUUCAUGGCCGAAUCAAAAGUUCACACAACAGCGCUGAUCUCACGAUAUGUCCACAACGCAUGGACGAUCAAUCGCGGCGAUGACACUUGAAGAUAUACGGAAUAUUUAGUCCAAGUGUUGCAUACGUAUUAGUUAAUGGCCGAGGUAAAGGUACGGCCCCCACUCAAUGGAGUGAAUACCUAUCCAUUGUCCAGAUAACUCGGGUUGCAUCUGUCGUCACUUGAGCGCCCGCAGCUGCAUCAAACCAAGAUAUGGCGCAUACGAAGCAUUCAUCACACAAUCAAGUCUCCAUCGUACUUUUUGAUAAGAUAAACAGCCGAAGGGUCCCCCCACGAUUUCAUCAGCUCGUCCGAGAUUAGCAAUGUCUGUUGUUAGCUCGUCGGACAGAGCGACCAGAUUGGAAAUUGAUCCAUGGAUUUGUUCUUCGGACACGGUUCCAGCCGCCCAGCCCGCAGCCCACAGCCAGGUCAUGAACUCUAUUAACCAAACUUUCCGGUCUAGAACGGUGACCUUUCCUUAAUUGAGCACAGAAUUUUGUCGUCAGCCGUCGACGCCGAGAAUCAUCAAUUAUGAAAGGUUUUUGCCGUUGGCUUACUGCGUGACCUACUAGCCUACGCCGUACUCAUACAUGAUGGCAUCAGGAACCACAAGCAAUGCCCCAAAGCUAACGAACAGGGACGAGACUCGAGGCACUGGCCACGCGGGAACCAGGGAACUCGUUUAUCCGCUAACUCAAGAGGCUCAAUCAAGUUGUAAAAGUCCAUGUUCUUCGAUCUUUUAUUUAGGAGUUGAUCCGUAGUUCGUGUAUGGGCAAUCAACAAAAUUGCGGGAAGCCCGGUUCACCCUUGCAAUUCACCCAUCUGUGGGAGUCGGCACGCAGUUGCAACACAAUGGUUGCAGCGAAAGAUUGCUUUACCAAUCUCACAUCUCAGCAGCUGCCUCGUGUAAGCGAACCGCUGGGGAGAGAGCCAGCCUCAUGCGAAAGCCGCAUUCUUCUCGUCGAUUCGCUCAAAGCUGCAGGUCAGCAAUCCCAAAUGAGAUUAACGCACAGAAGCAGAAUCAAUAUAUUUCCGUGUUGGGGGUUUGUGGCGUUCGCUGUCAUCCCAAAUCGAGGAGCUGCGCAGCUUCAGCUGCAGUCCUGUCCAACCAUUCAAGACUCGUAGAGUCACAUCGAGCCCCAGUCCAGGAUGAGCACUUAUAAGUUUGGUGCAACACAUCACCAGAGCAGAUGAACCAUCUCAGCGGGAGGGUUCGAGCUGGUGCAAGGAUUCAGAACUCCUUGGGGGGGGGAUAUUCAAGAUUGGCGUGGUCUGGUGGUGCUGUUAAUGGUGGGCUAACCGAUCACCUCACCCUCCUACCAAACUGCCCAAGCUCUGGUAGGUGCUCGUGGUCUUGGUCUACCAGCCCCUAUUUCCAACGAAGUCCGUGCAAAGAGCAUUGGCGGGAUUUAAGUGAGACUUGGACAAAGGUCUAGCCAAGCCGCACACAGUCUGCACACAAUGAUGCUCACGAAGUGGAAGGACAAUUAAUUACAUUGCCGCUUUCCCUCGCUCGCUGCGCCAAGUUCAGCUGCGCUACGAGUACUCGAUCGACGAAAAAGAAACUACUAGCAGGUCGCCCGCCUGGGAUGACGCGAGCACCGUACAUAGAAGGCGGUAUCUUCAGGGGUCCGGGAGCUUUGACAAAAGGCUAGCAGGCUAUGUUGGUCGUAAACGCCAGCAAAGGAUUACUUUUCUUCGCCAGGGAAAGGUUUUCCCGACAAGCUGAAGAGUUGAGAGAUUGUACUUGCCGAUGCAUACCGGCUUGGGUCGGUCGCAGCAUCUGUUGAGUAGUAUAACCACUUUGUGCUGUACCAGGAAGCUCUGUGCCUUGCAGCAUCAACAGCGGAUAGGCUUCGGGUACAUCCUCCGAGUUUCUCAUGCAGGUCAACUUGAUGGGAACGUGAGAGGCAACCAACAAAACGGACACAGCCAGCAGCAUUCAGGAAUUGGGCGAUAAGACCCAAAAAGGCAUUCUCUGGGUGUGGCGUGGUCUGACAAGAGUGGUUGCCUCGUGCCCAAUGGCCAGAUUCAAGUUGAUAUGAAAAUUUUCUUGAAGCCGAAUUUUCAGUCCCCUGAGCCAUUAUCGCUAGGGAAUAGCACGGCGAAUCCCUUGCUCUCCACCAGAGCCUGACAGGAUCAGGUAUCCUAUGUGUAUCGUUAACCAUUCCUUGACAGUGCCAAGAGAUAUCCCCAGAGUUGAUUGUAGGUUGAAAGCGGGUGAAUCAGCUUAGGGCAUCAAGGCUCCUUGACAGGCACUGGGUCCUGGAUGACAAGAAUAGUCUGAACCUGGUCAGUGUGCCAAGUUGGGCAUGAUCUACAAAAGCCUAUCGCUACGUACCUUGCCGCCCGAGGUUAGAGGCUAAGCUAAAACUACUAGAGCACUGUUUAACGGCACACCUUUGACUGGCUGCGUAGGGCUCAAGGCUCGACAGAGGGGCUUUGUCCACUAGCCGUGGCUCCCCCGUGUGCAAUUUUUUACGUAUGGUUGCUUUUUUCUACGGGUGUCCCUUUUUGCAGUUUGGAGUUGCUUAGAGACUUGUCCAAGAAGGUGAAAGCGCUGUCUGGGAAUGCCAAGCUUCAUUUCAUUGAGACUGGGGACGGAGAAUGAGAUGACCAGAUCGGCCGAUUGCUUGCAUGACGACAUGGACUUUUCUUUCCCUCUGGUUUCUGUCUUCCCUGUUCUGUCGCUUUGUUGGGGCCCAGACUCGAGCAAGGGCCUGAAGCUCAGUCCUCGUGAGCUGAUGCCAUCGUGAGAUUGGGUUGUGCAAUGAGAUCAGAUUCCACUGGAGUGGAGUCCCAAAGCUUUUUUUUUUUUCUUUCAAUUAUUUGACUUUUCUUCGUUUUCGCCUUGGUUCUGUUUUUGACGAUGGCGAUAUUUUCCUUAACACUCUUUCGUCAUUUUUGCUUCAUUCUUUGUUUGAAGCCUUGUGGAUUAACUUAUAAGGACACUGUUAAGAUCGUUUGACACAACAACUCUUGAUCGAUCGUGACACAUAUUAACAAUCUGUCAUUCUCCUGGCACCAUCACCAGCACCAGCACGUUUCGAGAAAUGGCGCGGGUCGAGAUAUUUGGUUCCUUGCAGCAGCUGUCAUGUCACUCUGUCUAUCUGUGACUCUUUGAGGGGUGGAGUUUCUUCACUACGAGACGUGACCCUGACCUUGGACCUUGAUUUUAGCAGCCGCUCUCGCUCAGGUCCGAAGAAGCCGCCUGCUCCUCUCUUCCCGUAAGGGGUGUGUGUUUACAUGGGCUUUUGAUUGGCUCACAGGCCGCUUCAAGUGCCGUGUCAUUCGAAGAUUGGUUGCAUGGGCCAUCAAGAGCUUCAUGAUAUUGAUGGUCCCUGGCCGAACCAAGGAUACUCUCACUGAGACGAAGGAAAAGUUUUCAUCUCGUAGUUUGAUUGUCUUAUUUCCAAGUUUUGUUAUGAAAUCUGUAUCAGUAGACGUCCUUGCAGUACCAUGUGGUUCUUGGACUUUGCCCUGCUGACGUUAGCCCUAAAAGUUGAGUCAUGAGAAACAUCCAGAACGUCUGUCUCAGAGGGAGGGAGAAAUUCAACGGUUGUCUAAGAGCGAGCAUUCCACUCAUUCUGUCUAUCUGUGACAUUCUGGUAAUCAACAAAGGUCGCCAAGGUCACAUCGCUGAAGGAUUUACAUUCGACCCCUGACAUAACAGAGCAGAAUGGUAACAUUCAUGCCCUCGCUUCGGCGGCAGGUAAAGCAAGGACAGAAGACUCCGAGUCCGAACUCCUGCUCCUACUCCUAGCACGACAUACAAAAGUCUGGGGUUAAGGUCAGGCCUGCACGCUGCAGUGAGCCGCAUGCUUUGCUCGUUGACGUCGUUCCUUGACUGAGAGUCUCGAGUUUGGUCAGUAGCUCUAGUCAACUCAAGCGAGACGAAAUUGACUGUCCUGGUAAACUCGCCAAGGACUUGACCUAUCAUUUACAAAACCUCCGUACCGUUGACCCUCGCUUGCAGAACAUCCCUUGCGUCGGAGUUGAAGUUCUCAACGCCGACACGUUUUUCAGAGACAUUCUCAAGCAGGGACCACAUGGUGUCUCCAGUAUUCAACAACGGUUCUGCAAUGUUUUCCUUUCUUUUUAAUUGCUUCCUCGCCUCCCUCGACGUCUUUGGUGUUGGACUGGCCUGGAGCGUUGCAUCGUGCCUUGUCUUUGCCUGUUUGCUGACUAGGCAGAUCUGACAUAUCACAUUCAACGUGCGUUCCCCGCAUUCUUUGUGUCUCUUACGACAAGGGUUGUUAAUCUUCGGCUGGAGCAAAUUUGCAUGAUGAGCAGGAGGGAGCUUGUCAGCGUCAGGGCCCGUGGUGCCACGCUGCCAUCUACUGCAGGUUCUGCUGCAACGAGCAAGGAUGUGUGCUCUUCUGGCCAUUGCUGUACAGUUACGUAGGUACAGGCACAGUGGCCUAGUUACACCCUCAACUCCUUCAAGCGAAAGGGUCUUGUUCAAGGGGGAGGGAAAGAAAACGGGAUUGGAUAUUGGCAUAUUGGCCACCCAAUCUCUUGACAAACAAAAACAUCUUUACGUCGCAGGGCAUACAAUUCAUAUUACCGGGCUCCCAGGCUGUUAAGUCUGUGCGAUGCCAGGCCAGGCCAGGACAGGACAGGUGCCUCCUGAAGCCCCCAAUCCCAAGGCCUGGGGCAAAACACAAAAUGGCAAAUUUCUACAGCAUCAAGUUGCUGCAGCUGCUUGUUUUUGGACAGAAAAGUAAGCUCGCCUUCGUGGCUUAUCAGGGAGGGGGGCUUGGGGUUGCCGUGUAAUCCCCGUUCCUGCGCUGAGUGGUCACCGGGGGCCAUGGGGUUACACUUUGAGUCUGGGCCGUCAUGAAGCAUUGCAUCUGCAUUUCAAUGAGAAGAAGGAGAGGAGCAUAAUCGACAGGCCUGCGUCGGGACCAUCGAAGAUCCGCUUCGGCCGCCCUCGCUUGGAGUGCUGGCGGCUUAAACGGGAGAGACACAGACUUUUUGUUGUACUGUACGUACAGUACAAUAUGUACGAAAAGCCAGUCCAAGUAAGAACUUGACUUCAGGUUGUACAACAACCAUGAGCUUUUACUCGUUCCAGGGAGGGACAGAAACAGGCGUGUGGCAAGACUCAGGCAGCCUCAACUCAAUGAUUGAUUGCGAGGGGGCGAGUCCAAGUUUGCAUAUCGUUGCGUUUCAUCGCAGCUGACCGGUUUCUCUCGUCUAUCAGAGAAGUUUUCUUUUUUCUUUAUGGUGUUGUCCGUCUUGAGAUUACCCCCAUUUGCUAUGCAGCUCUGCCAGCUGAGAUCGCCACAAGGUCGCAUUGUAUUGUACGCAACAAUUUUUAAAGCUAGCCAAUCACGUCUGAGCAACCCCAGACUUGUGCUGCGCCGCUAGACGUGGGGAACUCCAACGUUUGUUCAAGUGUUGGAGAGAGGGAGAGGGAGAGAAAGUAGGAGAAGGGCGCUGAAAAGUGACAAAAGAGACUGGUCGUGUUGCUGUGCAUGAGAUGAACUGCGGGGCGCUUGCGUGCCGUCCUGUAGCUGUGUCUCUAGCUGCAGAGUUGCGGCUGGCUACAGUACGAGAGGAAAUGCUGGAUGGCCAUUGUCCAACGCCAUUCUCGAGUUUACCUGUCAUAUUGUUCGGCCUUUGACCCCUACUAUGAGUGGUAUGAUGCUUAACCAGAAGAGGCCGUCACGGCGUGUCAUGUUACACCAACAGAGCUUCAGUCUUGGCUGACCCCUCUCGCUCUCUCACUUGUCGCAGACGACACUGCACUCUCGCUAGACGCUGAACCCCGUCGCUCUCAACCUCGCUUGGUGGUUUGACUAAUUACCCCGGAUUUCUCCAGGCUUGGACUCGGCUUCGUCGGUGGCUUCAUAAAAGCCAGCGGCUACACCGUGAAAAGGAUGACAAACCUUUUAUCGUUUUGCGUUGGACAGGUUCUCCAUUCUUUGUUCAUUACAGCAAGCGCUCGCACUAGAGAGGGUAAGAUUGUUACAGUACCAUGGUCAUGGAACACAAACCUCCCCGAGCCGCACCUUUGGUGCCCCGUUAGUUAAAGGUCUGUAUUCAACACCAGCCACCAACUAGCAAACACGAUGCUUCUGUGUGUGUGUGUGUUGGUGGCAGUGUUGUCAUAGAUCCGAUGGCUUGGGCCAGGCUCUCUGACGACAUUUUCUUUUGAGGCUCCUAUACAUUAUGGGAUCGUCUUGCAUGAAAGAGAUUAUUACCAGCCAUGUCUAUGCACGUUUGCAUGCUGGCUUGUCUAGUCGAAACGCAGCUAUCUCUGGUCCGUAAGAUACAGCAGAUAGCUCAGCUCUGGUCAGAGUUAGCUUGGUGAUAGGGAAUAUUGAUGUUGAAUCAUUAUCGAUUACCAGGUCACACCCCCUCUCCCGUGACCUCGAUCAAUGUUGCUAUCUUCCACGUUUCCCGUUAGUUCAGUGUUUCUCGUGUGAUAACGACGAGUCUUGUCUAUUUGCAUUCUAGCGCACAAAUGCUAGGAGGGAAUACUGCACAGAACAAUUCUGCUGCAAUCAGAGAGGGGAAAUAUUGCGGAGGUGGCGCCUGAGUUGGAUGAUGUCUCGUUCUCGUGCCGUGCCAUGUGACGCACUUGAUAAGGUCGCAUUUCGAUUGGUGCUUCUGCAGGAACUUUGAGACCCUUGCGUUUUGGAAUGACAUGCUUCACAGAGAGACAGACAGGGAAAAGGGCGCGUCUGGACACAGUUAGACAGACAGUGAGGGGGACAUGGUGGGUGUGGUGACCUCUCACGGGACCAUGGUGAUGAUCUUUGAUGAGGGUCUGAAGCGUGGGGGGGAGUUACAGUAGGGAAAAUGUGAUCUACAAGACUAUGGUCUAGGGUAGUGAUAACGGGCAUGAUGCUACAUCCAUAUUGAAUCAGUCCAGCAACAUAUCAAUGAACCACUUGAUUCAGUGAAUAGUUGCAAGAUGGUGUAUAGCCAGAACUCCAGUAUGACUAGACCUGACUCGUUAUAAUGAGUUCUUUUUGUGAUAACGUGGUCAUUGUACAUUGCAUUCGUUUGACCACCUGGCAAAAUGCAAACCUCACCUCAUCACUAACUCUUAUCUCACUCAUUCGGUUAACUUCCACUCACAAUCCUGAUACAUCAUCAGAAACACCUCAACCACUCGCAGUGUGCUAUAUCGUGUCAUUUACCCAAAGCUACCCCUCCCAUCAUGCACUUACCCGUCAUUCUACUCGUUAGCAGUUUAGUGGUAUAUGUCCCCUGUGCCUAAAUCGAAUUGCUGAUGCUCCUACCCGAGACCUGCACCUUGAUACCGAUCAAGCGUCUGUAUGUAAACUCCCGCACAGAGACGGGUGCUUGCAUUACACCGAGACGGGCGACUACACAACGGGAUAUCAUAUGGUAUUUGUGUGGAUUUGGUGAUAAGUCAAAGCCAUUGUGAUUGAAGGACCCUGAUAGCAAGAACCUUGAUGUGAGGUCGAAAGGCAAAAUGAUCACUUUAAUGGAGACAGUCUAAGAAUAGGGAUAUUGGAUACCAUUAUUGUAGCCUAUGGCAGUUCCUGACCUGGCCGAGAGAUGGUCACCGAGCACAAGCUCACGUGUAGCCUCUGUCCUUGUUCCCCGACCCAGUUACUGCUCUUCACAUGAUGAGAAGAAACAUGGAAAUGGCGCGUAUUAUAAGUUGGAUCAGCGUUUUAGUUUCAAGGAAGGUAGUGCUUAUCCUGGUCAUGUUGUUCCUCAAUAUGGACCGGCUCGGGCUUCAGACAUGCCUGAAAAUCAAGUUAUUGUCUUUAUACUAAUCAUCAUGACAUGAAGUGCUUCUUUUCCUAUGGCAGGUAUACAUAUCCAGAGAGCUUGGGCCUAGACCCUGAAGUUGCAGUAAAUAUCAUGAGCUCUUAAGCCAGAUAUUGAUUAGACAACAUCACCGUGAACAGAAGGUUCUGUACCAGUUGUUUUAUUCUGCUAUCCGCAAAAGUAUAGUUCUGAUCUCGAUAUCAAACUCAAACUCGAAAAUGUCAGUCAGUCAAAAAGAAUGAAUAAGUUGUAUUCAUCUCGAGAUAUAACCCUGUCUCUUGUUGACCUAUGCACAAUACGUGCGAUCUAGAUCUCAAGAGCCAGCAUGGCACUUCCAUAUUCACAUCGUUGCUUUACCUGGUCGAUAUUGCUAACAUAAGCCACGAAUAUUACAAUAGUUGAUAUUGAUAUGCCUGCGAGCUAACCGUUAGUGAAUUAACCAAAAUCGUUAUUUUCCCAAGCUCCAUGGGCCUGGGCCUGACCGCAUCACGUCAACUGAAGAGAUACCAGUAAGUAAUGCACAGAUUGUAAGCUACCUUAUAUACAAGAAAACAUAAAGAAACACAUGGGACGUAUUGAUAAGGUAAAGGAAUUAUGGUCUCACAGCCAGGGCCGUGCCGAUCCAUUUGGUCUGGGAGGUGCCAGUCAAAGCCUAUGAGUUAUAACACACAGCUCAAGUUAUCUUGUCUCCACCAAACUUCUCGAUGUAUCAUAGGGAAAAGUGAGUGCAAUAGCCCUUUGUUUUGGCGUACGUUUCACCUCAAGAUUUAUUAGCAAGCUCGCUUAGCAAGACCAUGGAAAGUAUUUGCUCAAGUGUUGGCUUCUACCAUCCUGGCAGCUCGUAUUAGACAACCUCGACUUAGGCUAGCACCUUGGGACCAGUAUGAUACUGUUAAAGCUCAAGCGCCAUAAACCUUGUAAGCUAUAGCGACCUUCAUAGUCUCGAUAGUAUCCAGAACAUCAAGCUUCGUGAGGUUUACAAAGUUGCUGUAGUUGACAACUACAAGGUUGAGUCAUCCACAUCUGCGUCUUCCGCCGCUUGGAGUUCCCCAUUCCGAACCAAUAUCUUAGAGCAUAGUUUACAAGAUCCCCAGUAUCUUCUGUCGUGAAAGCCUCCCGGUCCGACACAGGCUUUGGUGGCCUUUACUGCUCCAAUGGUUGCUGUAAUGUUCUUAGAAUUCAAUGUGAGAGCGCAGAUUAUGCUGUCCAGCGUUAUAUGAGAUGGGAUUAUCAAUGGAGGCGAGCUAUAAUUGACGCUGAGCAUCAGAGCUUUCACCCCUUUGACAAUGAUGCUCUUAUUGCUCUCAUGGGCCGACUGCAUGAAUGAACGAACCAUUGACAGCAUCUUUUCCCCAGCUUCAAUCGUUAAAUCGGGGUACUUCCUAACCAGUGCCAUACUCGAAAAGGCCUUCAAGGCAUCUUAGGUAGCCGGACUCCAGACGGCCGAGCUUCUUCCCAGAUACUUCGGGUCGGGGUUAGAAACGGCAACCCGACGGACAGCCUCGGGCUGCAUGGAGGUCAGCAAAACUCCAGCAAGAUCCAAGCACGAAUAACUGCUUAACGCCGCGGCUUGUGCUCUAUAUACUUCAGAGUAUAUCACUAUUGGAGUUCCCCUUGAGUGGUCGAACGAGAGAGUAUCUUGACUCAUGGGUGCUCAAUAUGAUGCGCUACACACAAGGUGUCUCUGUUUUUGCUUCACAACCAUGGUACUGGAUCACUGUGAAGGAUCUUCCGAGAGAAAGUUUGAAUUUACAUAGGUUACCUAUCUCAUCUUAGAUACCUUAACCAACAGGUAGAUAGUACCUGAGCUCAACAAUGAAGCGUUCAGUAAUUGAUGAAGUAAGAACAGUGAUUGGCUGAGGAACAUUUAUGUAAAUUAGAAGAAUAC